UGCUGGUUUUGACAGCGGUAGGGGAGCUGCUGGGGAGAGCGGAGGACCCGUGUGGACCACAGCUUGCUGUAGCAGCGGCUGAGAGGGGGGGGGAGCGGACACGCACCAGCCGGACACAGACUCUGAAACACACACACCUACCCACAGCACACACGCGCGCCUCUCUCAGCCUUUUCAGCAGCAUCAACACACAUUUCACUGACGGGGUGGAGGAAACAACAGUCGGGUUGUAGAAAACGAUUCAGACUUCUUCACGCUGUCUACAACCUUCACCUCUGUUGGACCUAGGGGAAAAGGUUUGCACCGUGCCACUGACACACCUGAGCAUGGACAGGAAUAGGAAGUGGGUGCCAGUCUUCGGAGCUGUGCUGCUGACACUCCUAAGUCACAUGACUUCAGCACUUGAAGUGCCUCUUGAUCCUAAAGUACUGGAAGGAUUGCCACAGCCCCCUACUAUAAUAUUACAGUCCCCAAAGGAUUACAUCUUUGAUCCACGCGAGAACAUUGUCAUCCACUGUGAAGCCAAGGGGAAGCCUCAUCCCAGCUUCUCCUGGACAAGAAAUGGGACUCACUUUGAUGUGGAGAAAGACUCCAAAGUUUUAAUGAAGCCCGGUUCAGGAACUCUGGUCAUUGAUAUCAGCAGCGAAAGGGCUGAAGCUUAUGAGGGAACUUACCAAUGCAUAGCUAACAAUGAGCAUGGCACUGCCAUAUCUGACAGCAUUGUCAUCAGGCAGUCCAGGUCCCCCUUAUGGUCAAAGGAGAGAAAUGAGGCCAUCAUGGUGCAGAAGGGGGUCUCCCUUGUGCUGCAAUGUCGACCCCCUGCUGGGCUGCCCCCUCCUGUCAUCUUCUGGAUGGAUAAUAACUUUCAGAAGCUACCACUGGAUAAACGAGUGUCCCAGGCCCUGAAUGGAGACUUGUACUUUUCCAAUGUUCUCCCAGAAGACACCAGGAGUGACUACAUUUGUUACGCUCGCUUUCCUCAUACACAAACCAUCCAGCAGAAACAGCCGAUUUCAGUCACUGUCCUGGACAUGGAAACUAUGAAUGAGACUCUGGCUGCUUUAUACAAUAUCACUGAUUUCUAUAGUGGCAGCCCAGAGGGCGAGCGUCGUCCUGGUUUUAUGCUGCCUCUCGGCACCACCAGCACCAAGAUGGUUCUGAGAGGGCAGACUCUGGAGCUAGAAUGCAUCGCUGAGGGCUUGCCGACUCCAGAUAUCUCGUGGCAGAAAGAAGGAGGAGAGCUACCAAGCAACAGAGUGUCCUACCAGAACUUCAAGAAAACACUGAAGAUUUCUGAUGUGAAUGAAAAUGAUGCUGGCAACUUCCGCUGCGUAGCCACAAAUAACUUGGGCACUGUACACCAUACCAUCAAGGUCACUGUCAAAGCGGCUCCUUUCUGGGUCAGCAUUCCCAGGAACCUGAUCCUCGCCCCUAAUGAAACUGGCGUGUUGACUUGUCGAGUCAAUGGAGAACCCAAACCAAGGAUAGACUGGUUUGUCAAUGGAAUUCCCAUAGAGAACACUCCUGAGGACCCCAGCCGCAAGGUGGAAGACGACACUGUGAUUCUCAGCAACGUGCAGUCAGGGUCCAGCUCUGUCUACCAGUGUAAUGCUUCCAAUGAAUUCGGCUACCUCCUGGCGAAUGCUUUUGUCAGUGUUCUUGCUGAACCACCAAGGGUCCUCACUCCACCUAACCAAGUGUACCAGGUCAUCACCAACAGCCCUGCAUUACUACACUGUGCUUCCUUUGGCUCGCCUAUUCCAACCAUCACAUGGUUCAAAGACAGUCAGAUCAGCAUUAAGAAUACUGACCCAUAUGUAAUCCAUGAGAAUGGUACUCUGGAAAUAAAUGUAGCCCAGCCGCUAAAUAGCGGAAAGUACACCUGCAUUGCCACAAACAACCUUGGGAUCAAGGAGAACCAUGUCUUUCUGGAGGUUAAAGAGCCCACUCGUAUCCUGAAGCAGCCAGAGUACAAGGUGGUGCAGAGAGGAAUGAGCGCUAUCUUUGAGUGUAAAGUCAAGCAUGACCCUUCCCUAAUCCCCACCAUGACCUGGCUCAAAGACAGAGGAGAGUUGCCUGAUGAUGAGAGGUUCGAGGUGGACACCGAUAGUCUGACCAUCAGAGACGUGACUGAUGAUGAUAAGGGGACUUAUACUUGCAUCAUGAACACCACCCUCGAUCAGGACUCAGCCAGUGCCAUGCUGACUGUUGUCGAGGCGACUCCUACUCCUGCAAUUGUCUACGAGAAACCUGACCCUCCGACUGACCUGGAGCUGACAGACCAAACAGAGAAGAGUGUCCAGCUCACCUGGACCCCAGGAGAUGAAAACAACAGUCCUAUAGAGAAAUUUCUGAUCCAGUAUGAGGAUCUUCUCCACCAGCCAGGAGUUUGGACAAACCUGACAGAGGUUCCUGGUACUAGCACCACAGCACAGCUGCACCUCUCUCCAUACGUUUACUACUCCUUCAGAGCGCUGGCUAAAAAUCGUGUCGGCUAUAGUGAGCCGAGCCAGUCCUCACGUCAAUAUAGGACCAACCCUGCAGCUCCUGAUGAAAACCCAUCAGGUGUUCACGGAGUAGGAACCGAGCCAGGCAACUUGGUCAUCUCCUGGACACCACUCACAGGACUCCAGUCCAAUGGGCCCGGUCUGGAAUAUAAAGUGCAGUGGAGACAGAAGGAUGUUGAGAAGGAGUGGUCAGCACAGAAUGUGGCCAAUGUAUCCCAGUGGGUUGUGUCUGGAACUCCUACAUAUGUGCCCUAUGAAAUCAAAGUUCAAGCUUUCAACGAUUAUGGUGUUGGGCCUGAACCUGAAGUGGCGUUUGGAUACUCUGGAGAAGACUUGCCUUUGUCUGCUCCAGAGAGUGUGCAGGUCAUGGUUCAUAACAGCACACUGGCAGAAGUACACUGGGAGCCCAUAUCACCGCCCUCUGUCAGAGGAAAACUACAGGGAUACAAGGUAUACUACAGGCGAAAGCAUGGUUUGCAUGAGACAGAAGAGGAGACUGAUCAGGAAAUGCAAGUUUUGACUUUCAGUGGAAACCGAAGUGAGGGACGAUUGCCAGGCCUCCAGCCUUACAGUGUCUAUAGUCUCUCCAUCAGAGUCCUUAAUAACAAAGGAGAAGGGCCUUCUAGCCAAAGCAAGACAUUUGAGACACCUGAGGGAGUCCCAGGGCCUCCUUCUUUUCUCAGUGUAAUCAACCCUGGUUUGGACUCUCUCACUCUGGAAUGGGGCCCACCAAUUAACAACAAUGGACGUCUCACUGGAUACAUUCUGAAAUACCAACCAGUCAACAAUACCAGCGAACUGGGACCAGUCCAGGUCAUGACCUUUCUAGCCAACGAGACCACCAUUACUCUGAGUAACCUGAACUCCAGCAUGCUCUACAAGUUUUACUUAAGCGCAAAGACAAACAAGGGCGAAGGCCCCAUCAUCACAGAGGAGGCUUUCACAGUCAUGCAUACAACUCGUACUCGUCCCACUGUAGAGGCAGGCAAAGGCCCCACAGAGCCCCCUCACCCAACUUCCCCCAUCACUCAGUCUCUGCAUUCCCCGUUUCACAAGGCGCCUCCUGUGGGUCGUGCUUUUGGCACAGUUAACACUUCUGUAUCAGAGGACAGUGCAGUGAUCAGUUGGGAAUACUUUGGACACCAUAAGAAUGUAUAUGUGGAGUAUAUUGUUGAGAACAGUAAAGAGGAGUGGAAAAAGGAGUUUGCAAACGGUUCACACUCACAUACAAUAAAAGGUUUAAAGCCGGGAACUUCCUAUAGGGUGAAAGUGAUAGCUAAAGAUGCAGCCGACCUGACAGUCCACAGCACAGACGAAAUGUUGGUUACGGUGCCAGCUGUAGCCAGCCGGCAGGUAGACAUCGCUACCCAGGGCUGGUUUAUUGGACUGAUGUGUGCCAUCGCUCUCCUCAUCUUGGUGCUUCUAAUAGUGUGUUUCAUCAAGAGAAACAAGGGUGGCAAAUAUCCAGUGAAAGAAAAAGAAGACGCUCACCAAGACCCAGAGAUCCAACCCAUGAAGGAGGAUGAUGGGACAUUUGGAGAGUACAGUGACACUGAGGACCACAAGCCGCUGAAGGGUAGCCGGACGCCGUCCAACGGGACGGUGCGGCGUGACGAGAGCGACGACAGUCUGGUGGAUUACGGUGAAGGUGGGGACGGGCAGUUCAACGAGGACGGCUCCUUCAUCGGCCAGUACAGCGGCAAGAAAGAAAAAGACACGCAUGAAGGCAACGAGAGCUCGGAGGCCCCGUCGCCUGUCAACGCCAUGAAUUCAUUUGUCUAACAAAGGGCCACGGCCUGGCUGCAACGCUUGCUUCAGCCACUCCCUUGUCACCCUGGCAAAUGUGACCAUCUCUGUGGUGACAGCUGCUAAGGUGACAGUUGUUGUGGACACCUACCUUAACCCCUUGGUGGUUCUCACUCCGGUGGCCAUGGCUAACUGUCACCAAGACUGCUGACACGACCUCAUCCCCACACCUGCCAGCCCCGGUCACACUGUGACCUCCACUCAUCAAGACGCACUCAACAUGGCAAAGACCGGCUCCACAUCACCCAUAACCAUUGAAAGAAGGUGUGAAAUGAGGGAAGGAGAGAGCAAACAAUACAGAAAAGCAAAAGGAAUGUACCCGAAGGGGUUUUUACCACUCAGACUGAGCACGAAUCUUUUAAGUGUGUUAGUGCCAUUUGAUAUCCUUUGCAAAAUAUACAAGAUAUGAAAUAUCAAAAAAGAUAUAUUUUAUCAAGCUACAGUACAUAACCAGAAGGCAGGCAAAAAAAAAUGCAUCCAAUCCCAUUCAUAAACAUGUGCAUGGAGUAAAUUGUGAUCCUAAUAAGCGUUUUACCACACUCGUGUCAGUUGUUGCAGAGGUAAGCUGCGUGUUGAAACUGUAUACCAUGCACGCCUACAAGCAGCUGGGUAUGUCUUUUAUUGUUUCUUUUUUUUUUUAUCAGUCAGAAAGUGUCAAAUCACGUAUGAUAUAUAGAGGGAAAAAAAGACAGCAGUGUCUUUGCAGAGACUGCUGUGAAAUGUGUGACUCCAAGUAGAAGCUAGCAUAGGUUUUUGACCUUUUUUGUACAUAUGUGGUAGAAGAAGAAGAAAGCUAUAUUUUAAGGACAGGUAUGUCUAUUUGCGGUCAUUAAAAACCUGGCUAGACAUUAGAUAAGCUCAGCUUUCAGCCACUUAUCACACCAGCCAGCUAGCCAGACCUCCCACACUUAACUGCAGUCGGCCUCCCAUUCUUUUCUUUUUUGCAGUCUUUUGUGUUUUUCCCAAGCCUGCGCUUCUUCUCACUGAUCUCUUAAGUGGUGAUUGAUCCAGUGUCAUUGCCAGGUGCUUCCACCUCGAGUUGUGGCCCCUGCGCAGGCCUCUGUUUUACGUGGACAGAGCUAACCGCUACCCCAGCACUGCUUCCAAUAGCAUUCCUUCUUGCAUAUGUGCUGUGCGUACUGUGCUGCAAAUAUGUCGCAUUUAGAGAAAGGUUCACUGAGAGAUGGUGCAGCGGUGUCUGGAUGUUUGGAUGUUAAUGAUUGAGAAGCUCUCAGCACGGUUUCUAGUGCCUUUGUAGUGAACGGCAACCUGAUUCAUAGUUACAUCCUUCCUUCAUACAUGAGACAGACCAGAGCUCAGAGCAGUUCAAGAAGUCUACAGCUGCGAUGCAUUCAGAAUACCACCCGACCUUACCUUAAUAACAGCUUUAAAAGCUACGCGAGUGUUCAACACCGCAAAAAAAUGCGCUUCAGGAUUUCGCUGAUAAUAAAGUUGUUCAUAGGGGAACAUUAAAACUAAGACCAUUUUAUCAGCUGUAAUGCCACUAAAUAUUGUAUGUGGGCUAGUUAUUUAGAAAAAUAGCCUCUUUCAUUUUGGAGUCCAGGGUUCCUACACAGUGCUAUAAACGUGACUUGAUUUGAACAAUUUUGAUGUUACACAGUGGCGUUUGUUGUGAGGGAUCGCUUCCACCUAUAGAUUGCUAUGCCCUUGUUGACAAUCAUAUUAUCCAGCUACCAUCAGCUCACAGUGUAUACGCAUCAUAUAAUCAUACCAUCCAGCUAUGAACACUCGAUAAUAAAAUGGGAAAAAUGUG